UUCAGUUGUCCUGUUCUUGCUUUGGUAUCCAGGUGGCUGUCAUUUCACUUCUAACCAUGUCUGUUCAGUUUUGUUUAGCUUUGCUGGCUCUCCUCUCUCUGACUGCGGCAUCUAAUCCAGACUGUGAGGAGCUGCUUAAACCUCUGGAGGAUCGAAGCAGGAUUUCUGGAAAAUGGAUAUUCUAUGCUGGAACAUCAGACAACAAAGAACUCCUGAAGCAACUUAAAACGAUCAACAGCUCCUGGAUUGAACUCUCACCUAUACCUGACAGUGAUGAUAUGACCCUUCGAUGGGGAGACAAAAUGGAUGGAAAAUGUCAUCAUGGAGGCGUUAAUUCCACCUUCUCAGGAAACUCCUCCAAGGUGACAUUUUACUUUAACUCCUCCAAUCAUGAGCAUGUUGGGAAGCACCUGGUGACCUGCCCUGACUGCAUCCUCUGGACAGACACCUCAGUGAUGGAGGGCAACGGGGAAACCAGAAAAGGCAGAAACCUCUAUCUUUUCACAAAGUCUGGGAAAUUGGAUGCCGCUCAUUUGGAAGUUUUCAAGAAACAGGCAGCAUGCCUCAACUUCCCACCAGAAUUCCACUUUGGAGAAUCCACAGACAUGUGCCCCGAUGAGAAGGAAGCUGCCACAGAUGUAAAGGAGGAAGAACAAUAGAGAAAGCGCAUUUUGAAGCGACUGUUGUCCACUACACCUCAAAUCUGUCCCGAGACCUGAAGUUACUCCAUGAGUCAAAUUGCUGUAUUAAAGACCAGAAUAGACUGA